AAUUUAAAUGUAAGGUUUGUAAUAGUGAAUAUGAGGUGAGAGUUGCUUUAAGAGAAUCUGUGUCGAUAUUGUUUUGUUUCCGUAUCAAAUAUGAUCGAUAAGAGUAAUCGAACGAAUAAUCUAGGGCGUUUAUUGUUAUUUUGAAAUGAUGUUCAGUAAAAAUUCCAACCGUUUUCUAGUGUCAAAUAUUAACCUACUCUCGACUAAACACAAGUAAAUUGUUACAGUUGGUUGUGUUUGCUAAGUCUCAACAUGUCAUCUUCAUUGCUGAAUGAAAGACACAAAAUGCUGUUUAUAUUAUCAACUGUAGUCAUCUUACUUUCAACUAUUAAAACAGCAAGUGCUAGAGCCUUGGUGGAUUUACCGUUAAGCAUAAGUAGCAAAAGCGUUAACAUUCACGCUACUUUAACCGAUGCCAGUGUAGCCAAUAAAUAUUUCAUUCAAGAAUCCAUAUCAGCUUCUGGUACAGAGAUCAAAGGCAAAAUUGUGAUCUCAGGUGAAAAGGAUUCCUACAACAUCUUUUAUAAUACUGCUUCUAGUUUAAACCAGGAACGGUUGGUUAUUCACGGUACAAAUUGUUUAACAUUCGCCUACAAGAAUAAUUGGGAUCAAACUCUACCUGGAAUCAAGAACCUACCUGUAACUAAUCUGGUACUUUUAAUGGGACCUUCAAUUUUAUAUCGACUUGGUCAUUCCUCACUUGUUUGGAAAUCAGUUGCAGAUAAAAGCAUAAGAGGAACCAUGAUGAAGGGUGCAACAACUGAAAUAAACGGAAGAUUGAAAAUCACUUAUUAUUACAAAAACCAUUAUGCAAGCGAUUCUGGAAUUAAAAAUCCAAGUCGAAUUGAAUUCAGUGGUUAUGAUCCAUCGUCAACUUCAUACAGUGUCAGGGAGAAUCUAAUUCUUGAUAUUUACCUUCAAAAUGAGAACUAUUAUGAUGAACUCGCAAAUGAAGUUAAUCCUUUACCCGGAAUCGGAUGCCCACAUUACUUAGCCACAAGCGAGAUUUCAUUCCCUAGAUUGAGAACUGAUUAUGUACAUUACAUUAUGUACGAGUAUAUUCAAGGUUCAACCACUUCUCGAACAUUCAGUGAGAUUCAUGCAUCAGAAAAGCACAAAUUAUUACGAUUGAAAGCAACUCUUCUUGGUGUAACAACUGAAGCUAUUUAUGAUUAUAACCUCGGAGUUUCUUACCUCUUUGAAGAGGGUGGAGGGUGUAGAGUAUUAUCUGCAGAUUUAAAUUCACCUGGAGUCAAUUCUAAUGGUUAUUUCAACUUGCAAAGCCUUUUAAUCGUUGAUGACGUUGUUUCUCCUUUUCAUUAUCUUGGAAAACUCAAUUUAGAACACCGAUCUGGAUUUUCUGUAGAUGCAUGGGAAUCAAUCAGAUAUGAUGUUAACAUCAACGGGAAAAAGGCCGACAAAGCUGUCAUUACUCAAUAUUUUGCUAAAUCGCGAAAUAGUCAAAUAUUUCCUGGCUAUACUCUUGUCAGUACCACAAUUGCCAUCUAUAAAUUGGAUUCAUUGAAAAAAACUUACACUUUGACGGAUGGAAUUACAAGAGAUUUCAUGAACUUUGAAAAGGCUGGAUCUGAAGAUGAACUUCAUGACAUUUUUACAUUAAAAGAGUGUAAAUACUUAGUUAGCGAUAAAACAAAAACCCUUGACUUCAAAUUUGAAUGCCAAGGUGACUCUUGUACCGAACUCAUGGAAAGUCGUGCUUACGAAUUGAAACGAGAGCUCAUUGAUUAUGUUAUUUUAAACAAAAAUAUCAGUCCACUUCGAAUCGAUAAUGUCCAAUAUAAUAUCAAUGAGGCACAACUUGAUAUGGAAGUGACUUUCCUGGAUUCACCUAAUUUGCAAUAUGUUUUCAAUUCUAAAACUAUGUCCGUCAGUGCAGAUACAUUUAAAAUGAUGAAAAAAAUCAAAGCAAACAGUGAAUAUGAAUGUCUGGACGCUAUGGCAAAAUACCAAGAUAAUAUCCUUGUUGUAAUUUAUAGACCAUCAGAUUUAACUUGCGGAUAUUUGACAAAUUUUGACGACCUCAAGGAAGAUAGUAAAGGCGGAGACCCAUGCAGCGUCUAUCACUUCCCUUUAUAUAAUUUGCGUCGCAUUGAUCAAGAAAUACCACUUGAUCAAAUUCAAAAUACUUUGAUGGAAAAUUUAGGAUGGACUAUCUCUUAUUAUGCUUGGGAUUCUCAGCAAAUUUAUAAAAUCAUUGAUAUCAUCGACAAAACGGAAAAUAAAAUUACUCCAGCUGAUGUCUUUCAAACCACCAUUAGAGUUGAUGCAAAGUUGGACAGCAAAGAUCAAGUUACAGUGACUGCUCCAGGUGCAAAAACUUUCGCUGAUUGUUAUCGAACCUGUCAUAAUUCAGAGCAACUUAAAUGCAAUACUUUCUCAUUCUGUUCAAAUGGUGACUGUAGAGUCAGUAGCUUAUUAACUGUAGACUUGUAUAAUGACUCACAUGUUGAGCUAGACAAGUCAUGUUCUGUUCACGCUGUGAAUGUUGUCAAUCAAUACUCGGAAGUACCUCAUAGGAAAUUUAAAACCCAGACUUCGAUCGCAGUCGAAAAAGAUCCUUAUUCUUGUGCCGAAUCUUGUCAUGCUUCACCUGAUUGUUUCUCCUUCCAAUGGUGUGAUUUUCAGUGUAGUUUUGGUGGUUUUUAUACAGAUGCAGCUACUGAAUAUGACGGAGAAUGUAGUGUAUAUCAUCCCAAAGUAUCUGAGAAAUACCAAAAAACGGGAAACAAAAUCGUUUCAGAUGUGAUUUACACUGAAAUGAACUUGAAUUUUGAACAAUGUGCAUCAUUAUGUCAUGGAUGGUCUGAUGGUGAAACUGGAUGUAAAUCAUUUAAUUAUUGUCCUAAAAGUAGAACAGAAAGUUCUUGUUCAUUAACCAAAUUUUCAGUUAAAAGUGCAAAUACUAAAACUUCUGAAGGUGGCGAUUGCUCAAAUUACGAAUUGAAAGUGGAAUCAAAUGGAAAGAAAAGCAAAGAAUCCAGUUCGACUGAAGUAACGAAAGGAACAAGUGGAUCAGGUGCUUUUGGAAUAAUUAUGUUGUUCUUGUUUGUCGGGGCUUUAUUGGGAUUCGCUGGACCAUUUGGUUACUCAAAAGUUAAACAAAUGCGUAAUGAUUCAGAAGCCAACGAAAGUUUCACUUGGUCAAGACAAGUAAAUGAACAAGCUGAGAAUAGCAAUUGAAUCUCAUUGUAAACCUUAGCACUACUUUCAGAUUUGAAAAAAUCUGUUUAACAAAAUCACACAAUUGCUUAAUUCGUGCAACAUUUAAACAAUUUACUUUCUGAAUAAACUGUUUUAAAUGCA